AUGUUAACCAGAAGAGAAGACAACAUGGAAACCCACUGCACACUGUUGCCUAUAUACUUUGUACAUUUAAUUGAUAUUCGUGCUGAGGUGAUAUACCUGUCUAUAAAAGAACAACAUCGUCUUUCUUUUCUAGCACAGGGUUAUGCAUUCAAGGAUGCAGACCUAAUUAGUUUCCUAAUAGAUUCAUGCCAUCUUGAAAAGACAGACUAUGGUGUAAUCACGAUUCUCUUAUGUAUUGGUACGUCUGUAGACCAAGAUAUAAUUAAAAAAAAAAAAAUAAGUUUAUUUCUUUCAAGGUUUACAAAUAACAAAGGUGCACCUUGUAUUUAA